CUCGCGAGAACACGAACCGAUUAGGGUAGAUGAGGAAGAAGACGGAGAGUGUUGUUUGUUUGGGUUUUCAGCCAAAAUGGGAACGGUGUCUCUUUAUGUUUAUUUUCUGGGACUUUUUGCUGUCUCCGUGUGCGCUUUUGCGUCUUCAGACGUUUUUGACAGCGUUUUGGGGAACACAGCAUCUUGCCAUAAGUCAUGUGGAAUGACAUAUAGUUUGCACACGUAUCCACGGGAGGAGGAACUCUAUGCCUGCCAGAGGGGCUGUCGACUUUUCUCCAUUUGUCAGUUUGUUCGUGACAGCGAAGAUUUGAAUCAGACUAAAUCCGAAUGUGAAUCAACUUGCAAGGAAGCAUACAUCCAGACUGAUGAACAGUAUGCAUGCAUCAUGGGAUGUCAUAAUCAGCUUCCAUUUGCUGAGCAGCGGGUUGAACAGUUGGAGGCCAUGAUGCCCCGGAUUCAUCUACUUUUCCCACUGACUCUGGUUAGAGGGUUUUGGGAUGAUGUAAUGAGUCAGGCCCACAGCUUCAUCACUUCCUCCUGGACCUUCUACCUACAGGCUGAUGAUGGAAAAGUUGUCAUUUUCCAGACUGAACCACAAGUGGAGUUCUUUUCCCAGCUUGAAUUGAACAAAGACAUUAAGGAGGAGCCACAGAAAAGCUUUGCUGAUCUAAGCAAUCCUAUUUACAAAGAAUACCAUCGCACUUUAAUCCAAGAGAGGGACAGAGAUAUGUCUGGUGAUCGCAGCUAUGAUGAUGGAUCUAACCUCUUCAGCUGUCUGUCCAGGAACCCUUGGCUACCAGGGUGGAUCCUGACAUCAACGUUGUUCCUGUCUGUGUUGGCCCUGAUCUGGAUCUGCUGUGCCACAGUGGCCACUGCUGUGGAUCAGUAUGUACCUGCUGAGAAACUGAGCAUCUACGGUGACAAAGACUAUAUGAAAGAACAGAAACUGAUUCCUUACCCAUCCUCCUCUCUGAUCGUCAUCUCCUCCAAAGGGACAGAGGAAGAGGCGGGACCACUUCCAUCCAAGGUCAACUUGGGCCAGUCUGACAUCUAGAAUCCAAAGAUGAACUCCAGAAGCAAUUUCCACCUUUAGGAAUAAUCUUCACCUGAUUUUUAUCCUCAAAAUGAAGACCCAAACUGCUUGUGGUAUCAGCAGAACUUGCAGAACAUUUUGUAUCAACUGAACUUUUUGACGCAUUUGAAACUAGGGUGAUUAAUGGGUAUAACGGAGGCAUUACAGACUAAUCAGGGUAGUACAAUAAAAAGGUUUCAGGGCUUUUCUUUAAUUUUUGCUGUGUAGGUGUCGUUUAUUGAAUGUUUAUUUGAACUCUUUGUGACUUGAAGUGAUGCAAGUGUCACCCUUAACCUACAGCUUUUUGAUGAAUUAGUUUGUGCUAACUCUGCAGACUUUUCCCAUUUGUUCUCAUGUUUUUAUUGCAGUGAUGUUCCAAUAACAUUCUACAGUAAAAUCUAUGAUGAGACAAAAA